AUGGAAAAGAAAAAAGAAAAAUAAAAGUUGGACUUUGGCAGCCAUCUUCUCUCUCUAGGGUUUUAAUAGUUUAUUCACUUUCUCUAUCUAGCAAACUUUGCACCGAAAUACUACUCCUACUUGGCAACAACCCAUCUCCGGCGGCUCGCGACGCGUUACAGCCAUGGAAAACGGGGACUACGAAGUACCUGAAAACGCCAACGAACAUUGCCCAGGAACACAAUCUGAAUCGGCUGGAAAAUCCGACGCUUGCGCUGGGUGUCCUAAUCAGGAAGCUUGUGCUACUGCUCCCAAAGGACCUGAUCCAGACUUGGUCACUAUCAUUGAAAGAAUGGCAACAGUUAAACACAAAAUACUAGUCUUGUCUGGCAAGGGUGGUGUUGGGAAGAGCACAGUUUCAGCUCAGUUAUCUUUUUCCCUGGCAGCUAUGGGUUUCCAGGUGGGCCUUCUCGAUAUUGAUAUAUGUGGUCCAAGCAUCCCAAAGAUGCUCGGCCUUGAAGGGCAAGAGAUCCACCAAAGUAACCUUGGAUGGUCCCCUGUUUAUGUCGAGUCCAACCUUGGGGUCAUGUCAAUCGGGUUCAUGCUUCCUCACCCUGAUGAGGCUGUAAUAUGGAGAGGCCCUCGAAAGAAUGGAAUCAUCAAGCAAUUUCUGAAGGAUGUCUACUGGGGGGAUCUUGAUUUUCUUGUAGUUGAUGCACCACCUGGGACCUCGGAUGAGCAUAUUUCUAUCGUUCAGUUUCUCCAAGCAACUGGAAUAGAUGGAGCAAUAAUAGUUACUACUCCUCAGCAGGUUUCUCUUAUUGACGUAAGGAAAGAAGUGAGUUUCUGCAAGAAGGUGGGGUUGCCGGUUCUUGGAGUUGUUGAGAAUAUGAGUGGUCUAUGCCAACCCUUGUCAGGUCUCAAAUUUCUUAAUGUAACCGAAACUGGUGAACAAAAAGACAUGACGGAGUGGGUUCUUCAAUACAUGAGAGAGAACGUUCCUGAAAUGUUAAAAUUGGUUGCUUUCAGUGAAGUGUUUGAUACCAGUGCAGGUGGUGGAGCUAAAAUGUGUAUGGACAUGGGUGUUCCUUUCCUCGGGAAAGUUCCUCUUGAUCCUCAGCUAUGUAAAGCCGCUGAAGAAGGAAGGUCUUGCUUUGAUGACGGUAAAUGCAGCGUGAGCGCCCCUGCGUUGAAGACCAUCAUAGAGAAGUUGCUGUCGGAACUAAAGGUAUCAAGACCCGAAAUAAUGGAGGAUGGUGCAUAGUUGUACAACACAUUUCCUUACAUAUAAACCAUGUUCUGCACUUUGAUGCUAAUCUCUAGUUAAAGUUAUUGUUCAUAA